AUGGGUAGAUAUUCUGUCAAAAGAUACAAGACUAAGAGAAGAACCAAGGAUCUGGAUUUGAUCUUCAAUGAAUUGACUUCCAAAUCAACCAUACAAACUCUCUUGAAUCAACAAUUAGAUGAAACAAAGCCUGGAUUGGGGCAACAUUAUUGUAUACAUUGUGCCAAAUAUUUCGAAACUGCCAUCGCAUUGAAAACUCAUUUAAAGACAAAAGUUCAUAAGAGAAGAGUGAAAGAAUUGAAAGGUGUCCCAUAUACUCAAGAAGUGGCUGACGCGGCGGCUGGCUACAAUCUAAAUAAAUUUUUGAAUAGAGUUCAAGAAAUUAAUAGUAAAUCAGGUGUGGAAAAAACUGAAAAUGAAACUCUACUAAAAGAACAUUUGGAUGAAACUUUGGCUAAUGUGAAAACAACAGAACCAACUUUACCAUGGGCACAAAACACAGACGAAACAUCAUCAUCUAAUGGAACUCAAGCUGAAUCUCUCCAAGAAGGUGAAGUUCUUAUGGAAUAG